UUAUAUCAGACACGUCAUGUAAACGGUCCCCCACCAAGUCUUUCAAGUUAUAAACCUUCAACCCUGUUUUUUGAAAAUCACGAUCGCAUAAUAAAUAUCGUUUCCUAUAGUUUUUUAAUAUAUUUCUAUGUUGUGGCAAACAGAUCAUGAAACGACGCCUCAGACGAUGAAGAACAGUGAGACAUCGCGAGAUGUGGAUGCGCGGGCGCGGGGGCGGGAGAGUAAAUUCUGGAAAAAAUGCAGUAGGUGUCACUGGAAGAGGAAAGUGGGGGACAGGAGUCGUUUAAACAUAGAUGCUCCAACAUUGGAGGGCUGCAAUAAUAUAGGUUUGAUUAUGACAUUCAAGCUCAUUAAAUGAAAUUUAGAAAACCAAAAUGAUUUCUGCACGAAUUGAAACUUGGUUGGAAGCAACAUGGCAUCUCAAAGUUCCGUCACACUGGCUUCAAGCAUGUGUAGAAUGGAUUCACCAGGAGAACCAAGGUGUUACUUUAACACAGGCCCAGAUCAACAAACAAGUUUUUGAGCAAUGGCUUCUUACUGAUCUCCGAGAUCUGGAGUAUCCAAUUUUGCCUGAUGGAAUUUCUGAAACGCAGAAAUGUGACCUCACUGGAUUUUACUGCUUGCAGAUUGAUUCAUUAAUUGAUGUCAGCCAAGCAGCAUACAGUCAGCUGCAAAAAAUCCGGGGAAAGGACACCACUAACGAACAAGUGACAUCAACACAAAUAUCCCAAAGAUCUUGGGAAGCAAAACCAACCCGAAUGUUGAUGCUGCAAUUAACGGAUGGAGUCCAGGAGCUCCAAGGAAUGGAAUAUAAGCCUAUUCCUGCUCUCCAUAGUGGCCUUUCACCAGGCACAAAAAUCUUGUUAUUGGGUAAUAUUGCUUGUCGAUUAGGAGUUCUGCUUCUUAAGCCUGAAAAUAUAAGGAUGUUGGGAGGCGAAGUGGAGUCUCUUAUGGAAGAAAACUGCCAAGACAGACUACUUGCAAGGUUAAUUGGAGAAUCGUAUGAUACUGCUGCAACUAGAGUGAGUAACAAUCAAAAUACGACUGAAAGGACUAAUGGGAUGCCUCAGCUCUUGGAACCUUCAGAUGAUGAGCUUUUGGCUGGUUUUGAUGAAGAUGAUCUGCUUUUAGAGUCCAGAAUGGAUUCUGAAAGUGGAUAUUGUAGUAGAAUUGGUACAAUGAGCUGCAUUUCCAAUUGCACACAGCCUUUAAGCAGCAGAUGGCAAAGUAUGAACUCCCAGAUUCCAGAAAUGUCCAGAGAAUUUCAAAGUGAAAAUAGAGAAUUAUUAGAUUGUAAUAAUGAAGAUUUUGAUGAGUUUCCCUUGGAUGAAUUUGAUGAUUUGUUUGUGCAGGGUGAACUGAAUGCAGAAACUGAACCUGAAAGAGCAAUGAGCCAAUCCCCAACAUCUCUCAAAUUCUUAGUCGAAGAGCCACAGAGAAAUAACAUAAAGCAUGUUGCAGAAGCAACAGAUAACAGAUACGGUCCAUGCCAAGAGCAAAAUGUAAAAGGUGCUGAUAAUACUUCUGGAUCUCAAUUACAAAGCCAAGCUAAACAUCUUAAAAGUGGCAUACAUACUGAAAAUGCAGGUCCAGGUUCCAUGCUAAGUGAUCAUAAUUCCAUGAAAAAGACAGGCAUUCCUUCUGUAGAAGGAACAAAUAAUACAAGUGUUCUCACUAUGGAACUGAGAAAGAAGCAGCAUAACUCAUUAACGCUGAAUGAAUCCUUUGACAGAAGGCCAAAGAACGAUUCGGUACUUGGCAAUCUGUGCAUCUCAUCAGAAGUAAUUUCAGGUUCCUUUGGCAGUGGAGACAAUUUUCAUAAUGAUGGUACAGAAAUAAGCAACAUGAAUGGAAGAACGUUCAACGAUCCAUUUGUGGGUUUGAAUUCUCCACCGUUUACAUAUCUAAACAUUCUGUUGGAUAAGAAACCUGAUAUAAUAACUGUGGUACAAAUCAAAGGGUUCAUUGUUACCUUACUGGACAAACUCACAAGUAAUGGUGGACUGUGGAAUAUUAAAGCUAGAAUAUCAGAUGGUACUGCCUAUAUGGAUGUAGAACUUGGUGAUAACAUUUUGAGAAGCUUGAUUGGCUUCUCAGUAGCAGAAAUGAGAAACUCCAUAAAAUGCCCUAAUCAACAGCAAAAGGUAACCGCGGGAUUACAAAAGUGCCAGCAGAAGUUGGUGGACCUUUGUUGUCUAAUGACUAUUGAAUUUAACCCAACCUUAACUACUAGAGUUUUGGCAUUCCAUGAAGUAACUCUAGAAGACCUGCAGAAUUUAGAAUACCGGGUACAUUUGAGGGAAAAAAUAAAUGUAAUUAAAUAAUUAAGCAAUUUGAGUUUGAGAUUUGUUUUCCGUAUGCUCUUGCAAUACAGACUUCAAGGAUAAUUUUAAUCAUAUUAAU